CUGAGUGGGAAAGAAGAUCUUCCUCAGUUAACCAAGUCAAGAGGAUGCUAGGUCUUUGCCAUCUCUGGCCUGAGCCCUGUCACAAGGUAAGGUCAUCUUAACACAAAGAGUUGACUCUAACAAUGGUGUCCCAAGCCUCCAUGCACUUGUGAAGGAAGCUUUGGGGAGCAGGGAGGUCUUGCCUCCUCUCUUGAAACCAGUCCACUUGAGCAGCUACCUGCUUUACCCAUAUGUGAGGCCAAGUCUGGGCAUUACAUUACCUGAAAGAACAAGAACUACUUGAUUUUAUCCCCUAAUAUCUAACUGGAGAUGUUCAGAAAGAUCAAAAAUGAUAUUUUUCUUUUUAUUAAAGAAUCUAUCUAUACACUUAAGGUUACUUAAGCCAGAAGAUCCUGGUUUUGGUUUGUGCUUUGCCACUCGAGUUUCUAUGUGAUCCUGAGCUACUGAUCUCACAUAUCUGGGUCUCAUUUUAUUCACCUGCAAAGUGAUUGCCUUGACUAUGUCACCCUUUUCCAGUGAAGCAAUCCUGUGGAUGGGGAGGAAGUAAGGAGAGUAUAGAGGAGCUGGGUGGUUGUGGCACCUCACACCUCCCCUUUAGGACACAGAAUAGACUUAUCCAUAUGAUUUCCUAUGAGGACACUUCUGAGCUCAAAUAAGAAAAAAGUUGGAAAAGUGCAAGCUCUCAGAAAGCCCACUUGUAGCUCUCUUUGAGAAGAAGGAAAUCUGUCCAGAAUAUAUUCCCGGGGCUGAGACAGUGUGCAGAGUAGGUUUAAGUUUGGAUGGUUGCUUAUGGUCUUCACACUACAGCCCUCCAACUUACAAGAAAGCAAGAAGAGGGGUGGGUUGUGCAUGGAGUGAGCUUCGAAGCCAGGAUUGGUGGGAAGCAGAAUAAGAGAGGCUGGGCCACACAGGUGCCCUAGACUUAAAAGGCCACAAAGCAAGGGAGUCUCCACCCCCUGCCCUGCUCUCUGGGGCUCUGAGCUGCCUGCUCUUGCACGGAGAGGGAUUUCUGUUGCUUAGUGCUAUAUUUUCAUUUCUCUGGCGCCAAAGAACAUCUGCAUCUAGAGUUAUAAGGUGAAACUUAUUUACAGGUGCAAUGUCUUGCCCACCGAAAUCAGAUGACUUGGUUUUCUUUGUGAAUGGGAGGAAGGUGAUAGAGAGGAAUGCGGACCCAGAAGUCACUCUGCUGAACUUUCUACGAAAGAACUUACGCCUCACAGGAACCAAGUAUGCCUGUGGAAGAGGAGGCUGCGGUGCCUGUACUGUGAUGGUGUCCAAGCAUGACCCAGUGUCUGCGAAGAUAAGACACUUCUCCAUUACUGCAUGUCUGGUGCCCAUCUGCUCUCUGUAUGGGGCUGCUGUCACCACUGUAGAAGGUAUUGGAAGUAUCAACACCAGGCUUCACCCUGUGCAGGAGAGGAUCGCCAGGAGCCACGGCACCCAGUGCGGAUUCUGCACCCCUGGGAUGGUGAUGUCCAUGUACACACUGCUUAGGAACCACCUACAGCCUUCAGAGGAGCAGCUCAUGGAAGCCCUGGGGGGUAAUCUAUGCCGCUGUACUGGGUAUCGGCCAAUUCUCGCAAGUGGAAGGACCUUCUGUGUGGAGUCAACUGACUGUCAAAAGAAAAGAACAGGAAAAUGCUGCUUGGAUCUGGGAGGAAAUGAUUCUUCCUCACUCAGCAGGGAAAGUGACAUUUGCACAGACUUAUUUGUGGAAGAGGAGUUCCAGCCCUUGGACCCUACCCAGGAGCUCAUAUUUCCCCCAGAACUCUUGAGAAUGGCAAAGAACCCAGAAAAACAAACCCUGACCUUCCAUGGAGAGAGCGUUACCUGGAUCUCCCCUGGCACCCUCAAGGAUCUCCUGGAGCUGAAAGCAAAACAUCCUGAGGCCCCUCUCAUCUUGGGCAACACUUCACUGGGACCUACAAUGAAAUCUCAAGGACGUGUUCACCCAAUUCUCCUCUCUCCUGCUAGGAUUUCUGAGCUCAGUAUGGUAUUUAAAACAAGUGAUGGACUGACAAUAGGUGCUGGCUGCAGUCUGGCCCAAGUGAAGGACAUUUUGGCUGAGCAAGUUUCCGAGCUCCCAGAGGAGAAAACUCAGACAUACCGAGCCCUCCUAAAGCACCUGAAGAGUCUGGCAGGACAGCAGAUCCGGAAUAUGGCAUCCUUAGGGGGACAUGUUAUAAGCCGACAUUGCUAUUCGGAUCUGAAUCCAAUUUUGGUUGUGGGCAAUGCUACCCUCAAUCUGAUAUCAGAAGAAGGUACACGGCAGAUCCCUCUAAAUGACCAUUUUCUUGCUGGGUUGGCAAGUGCAGACCUUAAGCCAGAGGAAAUUUUGGAAUCUGUGUAUAUCCCGCACUCUCAAAAGUGGGAAUUUGUGUCAGCCUUCCGACAGGCUCAGUGCCAGCAAAAUGCCUUGGCCGAUGUGAGUGCUGGCAUGCGAGUCAUUCUUGAAGAAGCCACAGACACCAUCAAGGAGCUGAGCCUCUCCUAUGGAGGGGUUGGGGAAGCCACAAUUGGUGCACAUAAAUCCUGCCAGCAGCUCAUAGGGAGGCCCUGGAAUGAGCCAAUGCUGGAGGAAGCUUGCAGGCUGCUUCUGGAAGAGGUCUCCCUCCCAGGCUGGGCUCCAGGGGGAAGAGUGGAAUUCAAGCGGACUUUGGUGGUCAGCUUCUUCUUCAAAUUCUACCUAGAAGUUCUGCAGGAACUGAAGAAGCUUGUAAAAGUGUCUGACAGUCAUCAUUAUCCUGAAAUUUCAGACCGAUUCCUAAGUGCUCUAGAAGAUUUCCCUGUCACAGGACCCCGGGGAGUCCAAAGGUACCAGAGUGUGGAUUCUCACCAGUCCCUCCAAGAUCCAGUUGGACGCCCCAUCAUGCACCUGUCAGGUCUUAAACAUGCUACAGGUGAAGCCAUAUUUUGUGAUGACAUCCCUAUGGUGGAUAGAGAACUUUUCAUGGUUUUGGUGACCAGUACAAAAGCCCAUGCAAAAAUCAUAUCAAUUGAUUUGUCUGAGGCCCUUGAACUACCUGGGGUGGUUGAUGUGAUAACAGCUGAGGACAUUCCAGGCACCAAUGGUGCCAAGGAUGACAAAUUGUUGGCUGUAGAUGAGGUGCUUUGCGUGGGCCAGAUCAUCUGUGCUGUGGUUGCAGAGACAGAUGUACAGGCAAAGAGAGCAAUUGAAAAGAUACAGAUCACCUACAAAGAUCUGGAGCCCAUAAUCUUCACCAUCAAUGAUGCCAUAAAGCACAACUCAUUCCUAUGCCCUGAAAAAAAACUUGAACAAGGAAACAUUGAGGAGGCAUUUGAAAAAGUCGAUCAAAUUGUUGAAGGAGAGGUCCAUGUUGGAGGCCAGGAACAUUUCUACAUGGAAACACAAAGAGUGAUUGUUAUUCCAAAGGCAGAGGACAAAGAACUGGACAUUUAUGUAUCAACACAGGAUCCAGCCCACGUGCAGAAAACAGUGUCCUCUACUUUAAAUAUCCCCAUCAACAGGAUCACCUGUCAUGUCAAGCGGGUGGGUGGAGGUUUUGGCGGAAAAGUAGGAAGACCAGCUGUAUUUGGGGCUAUUGCUGCUGUGGGUGCUAUCAAAACUGGUCGUCCCAUUCGUCUUGUUCUUGAUCGUGAAGAUGAUAUGUUAAUAACUGGGGGAAGACACCCAUUAUUUGGAAAAUAUAAAGUGGGAUUCAUGAACAAUGGGCGAAUCAAAGCUCUAGACAUUGAGUGUUUCAUUAAUGGAGGAUGCACACUGGAUGACUCUGAGCAGGUAACAGAAUUUCUUAUAUUAAAGCUGGAAAAUGCAUAUAAAAUCCACAACCUUAGAUUCCGGGGCCGGGCAUGCAUGACAAAUUUACCAUCCAAUACGGCCUUUCGCGGAUUUGGCUUCCCACAAGGAACCCUGAUAACAGAAUCUUGCAUCACAGCUGUGGCAGCCAAAUGUGGCCUUCUGCCAGAAGAGAUUAGGGAGAAAAACAUGUACAAAACAAUUGAUAAAACCAUCUACAAACAAGCAUUCAGCCCUGAGACCCUGAUAAGAUGUUGGAAUGAGUGUCUGGACAAGUCUUCCUUUCAUAGCAGAAGAAUACAAGUGGAAGAGUUUAACAAGAAGAAUUAUUGGAAAAAGAAAGGCAUUGCAAUUAUCCCCAUGAAGUUUUCAGUUGGCUUUGCUGCAACAAGCUAUCAUCAGGCAGCUGCACUUGUUCAUAUCUACACAGAUGGGUCUGUAUUGGUCACACAUGGAGGCAACGAACUGGGACAAGGUAUUCACACCAAAAUGCUGCAGGUGGCCAGCCGUGAAUUAAAACUACCCAUGUCUUAUAUGCACAUCUGUGAAACAAGUACAGCCACGGUACCGAAUACAAUUGCUACAGCAGCUUCCAUUGGUUCGGACGUCAAUGGCAAAGCUGUGCAGAAUGCAUGUCAGAUCCUUCUGAAACGCCUUGAGCCCAUCAUUAAGAAAAAUCCAGGAGGUACAUGGGAGGACUGGAUAGAAGCUGCUUUUGAACAAAGAAUCAGUCUUUCAGCCACUGGAUACUUCAGGGGAUACAAGGCCGACAUGGACUGGGAGAAGGGAGAAGGAGACCCUUUUCCAUACUAUGUCUAUGGAGCAGCCUGUUCUGAGGUUGAAAUUGACUGCCUGACAGGCGCUCACAAGAAAAUCAGAACAGACAUCAUCAUGGAUGCAUGUUGCAGCCUAAAUCCUGCCAUUGAUAUUGGGCAGGUUGAAGGUUCCUUUAUUCAGGGAAUGGGCCUUUAUACCACUGAAGAGCUAAAAUAUUCCCCAGAAGGUGUUCUGUACUCUCGAGGCCCAGAUGAAUAUAAAAUUCCAACCAUCACUGACGUCCCAGAGGAGUUCAAUGUCUCCUUGUUGCCAUCAUCACAAACCCCAUUAACCAUCUAUUCAUCCAAGGGCCUGGGGGAGUCCGGGAUGUUCUUGGGGUCAUCUGUGUUCUUUGCCAUCACUGAUGCUGUGGCUGCAGCAUGCAAAGAAAGAGACAUAGUCGAGGACUUCAUAGUGAAGAGUCCAGCAACCCCGGAACAAGUUCGAAUGGCCUGUGCAGAUCGGUUCACAGAGAUGAUCCCAAGAGAUGACCCUAAGACAUUUAAACCUUGGUCUAUCCCUAUAGCGUAACACUGCUGUCAUUUCCUAAAAGGUGUUUCAGUUUUUCACAAGUGAAAAGAUGGUUUGUUAAUCCAAACUGAUACACUGUUGUGGAAGAAAAGACAAAUUUUAGAAACAUUAUUCAAGCCUGAUUAGGCUAACAAGAUAAAUCAUUAUUUGCUUAGACAUUUUAGCCUAGAGGUCACCAGAUAAGCGUUGCAAUAUCCACAGUAGCCAAGUUUAAGUUUGAUUUGUUUGUGAAGACAUCACGUAAAUAUUGCUCUAAAAGCAAAUUUUUUUCUUUGUGUAUGCCUCCAAUCUAACUGGACUGACUAGUAAUACAGGUUGUGAUCCUAGAGUGGAAGACACUUCUCAGUAAAUAAACAUGUGAUUACUUUCCUCAAGGAUGUGUUUGAUUGGGUGGCCACAGGUAGGGACACCACAAGAGAUCUACAAUUUUGUUUUGUUCUUACUGUGGAUUAGCUAUGUGUCCAUGUCUGGGCAUUGGACAACAAAGGAGUUGUAUUUUCCUCGUGUAGAUCAGCUAUUCAACUGGUUAACAUUCUUUUGGAAUUUGGAGAUAAAGGGCAAUGUAAAAACAUUUUCAAUGUAUCAUAAAACCCUUUAAUUUUUUUGUUUAUAAAAAACACCCAAUCUAGUACCAGUUUCAGAAAUACUUCACUGCUCAACUUCCCAUAUUCUGAAGUAGGUAAACACAGAGCACAAGUUUAAUUGUAAUCACCCCAAUGUUGUACUUUAGAAUGCAGGAUCCACCAAAUUCCAUUAAUCUGAGUUUUGGAGGCCUUCAGAGGAGGAGAAACAGGAAUAUGAACUGGGCCAUAUUUGACCAGAAAGUCUCUGUCAGCCAGAACUCAUGUGAUAAAGCUCUCCAAGCCAUUGUCUACAGUGACUCCUGAAGUGACUGAGGUGAGGCUGACUGAGAGUGCUGGGUGGCUUGGGAGUGAAGGCCAAGAUCAGGAUUGUCGUACAGUCUGCAGGAGGCUGUAGGUCACUGGAGGCAGUGAGUAAAUCUGCUUGCAGGGACUGAGACACAACACGGCUGUCCACAGGCCUGUCCACAGGCCUCUAUGCUGACUUUGGAGACUCCACUAGGCCACAGGAGCCUAAGGGAGGAAGUGGGACUGGAGCACAAAGAGAAAGGAGACAAGAACAGAAGGGUCAUGGGCAGGAAAAAAAAUUAUGCAAGAUUUUUGUGAGCAGAAGAGCUGGGGAACUUAGUGGGAGUAGCCAGGGCAAAGUGAUUCAAAAGUUAUUGAAAAUAAUAAGAAAUGAGGGGCACCUGGGUGGCUAAGUCAGUUAAGAAUCUGACUUCAGCUCAGGUCAUGAUCUCAUGGCUUGUGAGUUCAAGCCCCGCAUCAGGCUCUGUGCUGACAGCUCAGAGCCUGGAGCCUGCUUCAGAUUCUGUGUCUCCCUCUCUCUCUGCCCCUCCCUCACUCACACGCUAUC